AUGGAGCUCCGAAAGCUAGCGCCGCGAGAGGCGCCUGUUCAAGCCUCAACUUCUGAGCCUCCACGGCCGGAAGUUGUUUCGCCUCCUGUGAAGCCCACGCCAAAGAAGCGCCAGGCCAAGCCGACGUUGCAGACGCCUCCGGCGAGGCGCUAUCUUACCAGGUCAGGGGGCCGUCCCCUGCAAAAACGAGCUAGAGUGGAAAGUUCGGAACCCAUCGACUUGACAGGGCAGUCCCCUGUUCCAUCUCCAGAGCCCUCUCCGGUGCCAUCUCCGGCACCGCCGACGAAGCCUCAAGCAAGCCAGCCGCCACCUUCUGAGCCCCAAAUUCUGUCUGAAAUAGCUCCUAAAGCGAUUCUCAGGCGUCCAAUGCUCACUCAGCCACCAAUUGAAGGCAAUUUGGAUUGUCGAGCUCGACCAUUUCAUUCCGAGUUGUACUUUGACAUAGCCGCCUUCCAAUUGCAGCCGGAGCUUGAAGGGUCAUUCCAAUUGCUGCGCAGACAUCACAUGGAGCAGCUGCUGACCCCGCGAGACUUCUUCUAUCCUAGAAUUCUUGAGCAUCUGGGGUACCCAGCAGAGCCUCAGCUGGAGCGCAAGAGGAUAUGUCGAGAUGUGUUUACUUUCGACAAAUGGAGCAAUAUGACAGCUUAUAGGAUGGAGCAGCCAGAGCUUCCACAGCCAGCUCAGAUUCCAACUGCUAGGAGAGCAUCUCCACGUCUUAUACCUGAGGGUAUACCUGUUGCCUCUCCUUCCAUAGCCAGAGCCCCUCCAGUCCCUCCAGUUACUCCAGCUUCAGCACAGCCCUCCACUUCAGCCGAGCCAAGGAUGGCCAUCCCUAUUUCUGAGUAUAGGGAUUUAUGCCAGGCAUUGCAGAUCUUGACAGCCUCUCAGAGCAGCCUUGCUUAG